AUGCAAUUGGAUGUGGACCCGGAGACGGGUGACAACAAGUCACCUUCGCGCCAGGACACACUGGAAUCGGCAUGUUCACCACAUGCAAAAGCUCUGCGGCGGCCGCUUUUGGCAGAUGCUAGCAGCUUCGAGGAUGUCCCCUUGCCAAAGUCGCCACGCUCGGAUGCCUUGGAUGAGGCAGACGCCGGAGCAAACCUUGGCUCUCAGGACGCAAUAUCCAGGCACGAGACGUGGAAGGGGCACAUGCCCUUUUCAUGCGAAGUUCUGGUGCCUUCCGUUGAGCAGUGCACGAAAGCCAAGUUCUACAAUCAGUAUUCUCUUUGCGGUAGCCCGGAGUUCUUCAGUAUCGAAGAAGCUGCCAGCAAACGUGCUGCCAGAGAUGUGCUGGAAGUUUUGCAAGCGAUAGACCCGGCAAAGCCGCAGCUGGCGGAUUUGUGGGAAGCAACCUAUACGCCGUUUCCAGGGGCGAAAAUCAAGAUCCACGCAGUGCAUUUAGCAGCCAGCCUUGGGAGCGUGGAGGUUCUGAAAUGGCUCCGGGAGCGCUGCUCGCCCGAUGUGCUCAUCCGCCGGUCAAUCCUAGAGACCACGAAGCACACACAGGGCCCGAAUGGACGAACUACCAGAGCAUGUGUUGAUCACUAUACGCCCUUGUUAUGUGCCUUGUGGAUGAGCCAGGUGGAGACCUUCAUGUGGAUUCUUGAAGAAGCCCCGGCCAGUGCCACAAUCCGCAAUGCCGACGAAUGUGCAUCGCUGCACAUCUUGGCGAAGAUCGGCUUGCCGGAUGUGCCGGAAGCAAACAGAAGUUCGGCCUUUGAGAGGAUAGCUGAAGCACUGGUGAACCGAAAGGCUGACGUGGCUUCAAAGAGCGGUGCCUUGAAAGAUCGUGAGGAUGAAGAAGCCGCCCUCCUCCGAAACAAGACUGCCUUGGAAAUUGCAGUCCACAAGCGGGCCUCGUUUCCAAAACAAAUGCUGCACCUGCUGACGCAAUCGUACCAUUACCCAAAGCGGAGCAGAUUGUUUAUUGAAGUCAACCUGAUUGCCAAGGCAAAUCCAGCUGCCGCUGUUCAGCUCGUAGGCCGGAUCAAGAAGCGCGCUCCGGGACAGCUCGAAAAGAACCUCCGCGAAGAAGUCCUCACUUACCUCAGGGACUCGCCGGAAUCGAGCCGGCAUUUGGACAUAUUUAUUGAAACACUGAAGAGAUCACCUAUUGCUGGUGCCAAGCUGCUGGAGCUGCUCAUGGGCGAGCCGAGAGUUGAAGAUCCUCGCAGGUAUGGCCUCCCGCUUUUUACUUCCCUGCCGAACAGGGAGAUGAUUUGCACCUACCAGCCCGUCGAAGGCGGCUCAACGGACGAGCCGAUCUGGGAAAAGGGCCAGGGACCGGGAAAAGGUGUGCCGUGGCACAAGGAGUUCAUCCUAGAGCUGCCGAAUGAUGACCCGCGCUUCCACACAGAUGUCUAUGAAGUCAAGGUGAACGUCUUGCACCUGCCCGGUGUCCUUAACCUGAAGGUGAUGAGCAUUCUCUCCACUCAGGUUUGGAACAAUUGGGACCACAUGGCCAUAUUUUCGAAGAUCCCUAUCAGAGCUAUUGUAUCAGGCAAGUGGAAACAGUACAGUAUGGUCUGGGGCUUCGGCCUGCUUUGGCUUGUGGUUCUGCUGUGUGCCCUCAUCGUGCUCUCCAUGCACCUGGCAUUGCAUGCCGAUAUUUCUUUCCCAUUUCUACAUUGGGGGUCCUGUGCUCCUUUGGCCGGCCUGUUGGCUCCAUUUUUAUGCCACAUGUGGAGCCGGCAGAAGCCGGCAAAGCAAAUACGUGUAAACUUUGUGCACGCAGUGGCUAUGUGUGAGCGAAUGACAGACAUUCCUCGAAUGAAAUAUGUGGCAUUUCGAUGCGUUUACAUUUAUCAACUGGCAGCUUGGGCUUUAAUCAGCCAUUCUGUCGGUGAGGAUACAGCUUGGGAGUCCUUUAUCGGGAUCAGCAACAGUACAUUAACUUGUUGGAAGGACAACCAGGCACAGUCGUCCAACCUGCAGCCAAGCUGCGGGACAGGGCAGAUUCUCAAAAUGGACUCUGCGCACGGCGAGGAGUGCCAAUUCACCCCCAAUGCAGCAACGAGCCCUGGCGCACUGCUGCAGAGACUCAUCCCUUCGCCCUUUGGACGAAGCAGUCAGACCAGCCAGCACUGGGCCCAAGCCCUGCUGGCCCAGACCGUUCAACUGAACGCAACUACGACUACAACUGCGAGUGCUGAUCAAAGUGCGGGAUCCGUGGCAGCUGUGCACGCGAACCAAGCAGGAGACUUGGAUACAUUUCUGGUUGCUUUGGCGACGAACUGUGGAAUCGUGAUCAUGGCCAUUCUUGGUUUAAGUCUCUUGCGAUGCCUCCAGCCUGCAGUAUACCUUCGCGACCCCGAGUUGCAGAACUUGCAUGCAGCGGCCGCGAAGUUGAAGCCUGACAGGGAGUUGCCUGGGCGGCCAGGCUGCUUCGCAUGGCUUCUCAAAAGCUUCAGCGCAUCGCCAGAGGAAGUGGCAAAUGUUGCUGGGCUGGACGCGGCAAUGCAUUGCGAGUUCUUGGCUCUUGGAAUGCGUUUAUGCUUGAGCAUUGGCGUACCCUGCAUUCUGAUUCUAUGUCCCCUUCACGCCAGUGUCGGUGGAGAUGCUGCCGCUCCUGACCGAUUGAGCGAAGUGGGCAUGGCCAAUGUGCAACAUGGUUCGUGGCUGUGCUGGCUGCAUGCCAUCUUCGUGUGGUAUGUGGUCGUGGUUACCCAUGCGCAAGUGCACUUGGCACAGCGAAACUUCUUGCCGUUGCGCAUGAGAUGGUUGCACAAAUCACCAGUUCCCGGUGCAACAACAAUCCUAGUGCAAGGUAUUCCCGAGAAUUUGCUGUCGGAAGCUGCGCUUCGUAAGUUCUUUGACGAUGGUGUUUUUGGUUGCCAGGCCGUGAAGUGCAUAGAGUUCGUGAAAGACACCCGGGAGCUUCUGCAUUGGCAAGAAGUAGCAGACGGUCAGGGCCAGGGCGGCCAGGGCUCCUGGCGCACGGGUACCGGCCGAGUGCUUGAGGGCCAAGAGCUGCAAGCCGCAGCUGCCAGCAUGGUCAGCAGGUACAGGAAGCAACUCCUGCGCCUGAACGACAAGAACUCUGCCAAUGCUUUCGUUACAUUCAAUCAUCAGCGUGAAGCUGUGGUUGCUCAGAAGUUAUUGGCUGAAGAUGACUAUGAUGGCAUCCGGGCAGAGAUGGCUCCAAACCCCAGUGAGGUCUUGUGGGGAGAUUUAGCAACCCCUGAGCCAGGGCAUCAGGCCGUCAAGGAGCUCAUUGGUUAUUUUAUCAUUUUCCUUAUCUUCUGGGGCUUCAUGCCGCUGGUCGUAUUGAUCCAAUCUGUUGCCAACCUGAACACCCUGGAGAAACAUGUACAUUUCUUCAAAGUUAUGGUGGAGCAUUUCCCGGCGUUGGCCACGCUGUGGAACGGCUUCAUGGCAUCUUUUGCACUCUCAGUGGCCAUGAGCUUCCUGCCAUCUUUCCUGAUGCCGAUUUUGGUUUUCUUCUUUAUCUCCAACACAGAGGCGGAACGACAGCAUCGGCUGCAGGUGUGGUACUUCUACUUUUUGUGUGUCUUCGUGCUGCUUGUCACGGCGAUUGGCUCCUCCAUCAUGGCAACCGGUCAGUAUUUGCUCCAACAUCCUUUCGAUGCACCCAGCUUGUUGGCCAGGAAUAUGCCUCAAAGCACACAUUUUUACCUUAAUUUCAUUCCGAUGCAGAUGGCUGCCUAUGCGACAGCAGCACUGAGACUUUCCCAGCUUACGAAGUACAUGGCAUUCCGCACGUUCCACAGCCCAGCCGAUGCCAAAGCAAGAAGUGAACCCGAAGACCAGACAUGCUUCGGGAUCGGCUCGCGCUCUGCCCGCGCAUCCCUACAGCUCGUCACGGUUCUCACAUUUUGCACAUUGUCUCCUUUGAUUUCAAUUCUUGGCUUUAUGAUGUUCGCCAUAUGUCGUGCAACGCAUGGCUUUCUACUCAGGGAGGUGGAGUCCGUCAAGUCAGAUUUAGGAGGAGUGUUCUGGGUAACGAGCCUGCAACAUGUCCUUCAGGGCUUGUUCAUCUUCGUUCUGUUGAUGACUGGAGUGCUUGCUGAGCGCUCUGGCAACUGGAUUCCCGGCGCCGUGUCGGCCAGCAGUUUGGUCUUCGUGCAGUGGUCGAACAUCACCUUCCGGAGAAGAUACCGCUGGCGACACCUCCAGUUCGAAGAGAUAUUGAAGAUGCCGGAGACCCGCAACAAGUCUGCUCGGCAGAUGCCUGGCUUGCGGCAGGUUUCCUGCGACUCGCUCCAGCUCGCUUUGGGCAGCGGAAACAAGUUCGCGCUUCUUGGUUUGUUUCUUCUCGGCGACAUCGUGGGCACUCCAAGGGCAAAAGUGCUUCUGGCACUCAAUUUGCUUCUGAGAUGCCUCGCGAUCAUCUCAGAGCUGAGAGCCAAUCCGUUGGUUGGGCCAUUGAUCAUCGCGGUUAUACAGUCUUUUGCGCCGAUCACGCCGAUGUUCACCUUCAUGGGUAUGAUGUUUGUGACGUUCGCCCUUACAUUCCUGACGCUGAAAGACGAAGACCGGAGUCCGGGGUAUGUGUUGCUCAAUCUCUUCCAAGCUCUGUUCCUCACAGACAGCGAUGGGGCAGAAAGCAUAUCCGGCAUCGAUAUCGGUCACCAACAGACUCUGGAUUUCGGAAUCGAGAUGUACACCGGUGACGGAAGCCACCUGUUGCUGAUCGUGACGACUGCGAUAAUGCUCUUCGCUACCUCAAUUUUUUCCUUGGUGCUGUUGAACUUGACCAUUGGUAUGUACACCAAGUUUUACGAGCUGCAGGAGCCUUUGGCACGCUUGGGUCUUCAGCAGUGCCGUGCCAGGCUUUGCGUUCGCUUUGCAUUGAGACCAUCGGUGCCACGAACAUGGCUGGCUGGAAUGUCUCUCGAGGGAUCGAAGUGGAAGACUUGUCUCUGUGCGCUGCCGUUCGUUGUGAUCUUUCUGGCGUCUGCCAUCUUCGAGUUCUGGAAUGUAUAUUUAGGCGGUCUCUGCCUGUGCGCCGUGCUCCUCAUUUGCCAGGCUGCAUUGCUGAUCAAUGUCGAUGAUCUCGACUCGCGGCACAGGUAUCUGUGGGUAAGCUAUCGUUCAGAUUACUCAGAAAAUUUCUACAUGAAUCAGGAUGCAGAGAUUACACAGCUGAAGUCUGAGCUGCAAGAUGCGGAGCGCAGACAAUCUGAAGAAAUUGCCAAAAUUGCUGGAGAUGAGCCCGACGCUAGUGCAAGUGCGCUUCUCCACGCGAAUCUGUUCUUUUCUCGGCUGGUCGUUACAGGGUUGCAAGGUCUGGAAGCGCUCCAUGGCCCUGUGCUUGCAGACUUUCGUGCCUUUGCGCGGAAAAAGAAUCCCACGGGCAAGUUCGCAAACGAGUGGCUCGGCCAGACGAUCGGCGACUAUGCUGACAAGCCCGACUGUGCAUCUUUGGCAGAAGGGGUCGAGCAGGAGGUUUUGGAAUACUUGACGGCUUCUGCCGUCGACCUGCUUCAGGAUGCCUCCAAGCGAGCGGAGGCGGCUGAAGAGUUAGAGCAAUCAGUGGCGCCUCAUUUGGAGGCCGCCGGCGUGGGGGGCAUCGAGGCCUUUCUCAAGGACUUGCUCGAUAGGAUUUUUCCAGGGAAGGAUGCGGCCAAAGAGGUUGCCGCUACUUCGAAGUCAGAUGAAGACCUUGUUUGUCGCAUUCCGAACUUGAUCCUGAUGUACGGGGGCAGCGUCAAGCCGUUGCUGAGCAACACGCUUUUUGAACUUCGACGUGGCCGCCGGUAUGGCAUCGUUGGACAGAAUGGUGCUGGUAAGACAACCUUGAUGUCAAGGGUUGCUGUUGGCGACUUGCCUGGGAUGGAGAAGCUCAAGUGCUACCACUUGGAGCACGAGGGGAUAUUGGACAACAUAGACAGAAGAACUUCGUGCAGUGAGUUUGUGAAGCUGAAAUGCGAAGGAAUUGACAGUCGCUCCACAGACAAGUACCUUCACGAUGUGGGCUUCGACUCGGAUAUGUUCAGCAAGCAGGUGGGCGAGUUGAGUGGAGGCUGGAAGAUGCGGCUCGCCCUGGCCUGUGCUGUUGCACAGGGUGCGGACGUGUUUUUGCUGGACGAGCCGACAAACCACUUAGAUUCCGUCGCCGUCCGGUGGCUCCAAAACUACCUGGUGACACAGGGCAAGAGGAUAACCGCCAUGAUCAUCUCGCACGACGCUGGCUUCCUGAACCAUGCCUGCACGGACAUCGUGCACUUCACAAAGGAAGGAAAAUUGGUGUACUACGAGGGAAAUUUCGAUGCGUUCAGGGAAAAGACAAAGCUGGAUGCCGAGGGGGCCAAAAGUGUAUUGACAGUCAGAGGUCACGAAGGGAAGACGCAGGAUGAUCAAGAGAAGCCAGGGGAAGGCAAGCAAUUGGGGGUUUUACCUGCGGAUGGAGACGAAGACGGCAUGAGAUUUCCCAUGCCAGGAAAGAUCGAGGGACUCGGCACGGCCAGCAAGCCGGUGGCAACAGUCACCAACCUGAACUUCAAGUACUUCGAGGAUGGCCCCUUAGUGUUGAAGGGCGUAACCGUCCGGCUUACCAUGGGCAGUCGCAUCGGAGUGGUCGGUCGAAAUGGAGCUGGCAAAUCAACGCUGUUGAACCUUCUUGCUGGUGAGCUCCUUCCACCCGAGGAUGAGACGGGAGAGGUAAGUGCUGUUUGGAGACACAGAAAUCUCCGGCUGGCCUAUAUAGCCCAACACCACUUCUUCCACCUGUCCGAGUUCGUGAAGAGUACGCCGUUGCACUACUUUCAAACACGUUUCAGGCAGGGCUAUGAUGAAGAGACGCAGCGAAGGCUGACUUUGCCACAGAGUGAGGAGGAGGCUCAGUACAGGAAGGACAUGGCCGUCAAACAUGGCAAGCGUGGGAAAGAAGUCGAUGCACUGCUAUCCAGACAGAAGAGAGGCCGGCAGAUCCUGUAUGAGGUGAAGUGGAAGGGUUUGGACGACGCCAAGCAGAACACCUACGAGCCCCUCACCAAACUGCGACUUCUGGGCGUCGAGAAAAUGUGUGCAGCUCUCGAUGACAGGAUAGCAUGUGCUGAGACGGCGAUGCGACCGCUCAGUACCAGGGAAAUUGUCAAGCAUCUGGAACCAUUCGGGAUUACGGAGAACAUGACCUGCCAUCGGAUGAUAGAAGGCUUUUCUGCAGGGCAGAAGAGUAAGCUGAUGAUGGCCGCUGCAAUGUGGACAAAGCCGCACGUCAUCGCGUUUGAUGAGCCAACAAAUUAUUUGGACUUUCAGACGGUCAGCUCACUUGCAAAAGCAAUCAAGCUUUUCAAGGGUGGCACCAUUGUCGUUACACACAAUGCCGAGUUCUUGCAAGAGACGUGUGAUGAGAUCUGGCAUGUGGAAGAUGGCUGCGUGAAAAUCGAAGGCAAGGACGGCGCCCUCAAGAGUCUCGCGGCCAAAAACGCAGCCGCCAAAGCCGAGAAGGCCAAGCAAAAAAUGGAAGCUGCCCGGGUCAAGGAGGAAAAGGCUGCAUCUGGACCGUCUGAAGCCGAGAACGCGCUUCAAGUGUAUUUGCAGGCGCGGCAGAAGCUGGGUGCACCGAAGGCUGAUAUCAAACUGAACAGCAUUGAUCUGCGGUCACUGGAUGGCUCUGAACUUCUUCUCGGCACAGACCUCACGCUCAAUCAAGGGCGCCGUUAUGGUUUGAUCGGGCGCAAUGGCGCGGGCAAGAGCACUCUACUGCGCGAGAUUGCAUACUACAAGUUUGACAAGUUCCCCAAGAAUCUGAAAGUGCUGAUGGUAGAACAGGAAGUUACCGGAGAUGAUCGCAAACCCAUCGAAUGGGUUCUGCACAGUGACGUAGAGAGGAGGCUCUUGCUGGAGGAGCAGAAGCUUCUUCAAGAGAAGGACGCACGCGAUGCGUCUGAGUCGGAACGACUGAAGCAGAUUGCGGACCGGCUCCAGGAGAUUGGUUCUGAUGAUGCAGAGCCACGUGCUGCCAAAAUCUUACGAGGACUUCAGUUCACGGAUGAACUGCUGGACACGCCCACAUCGUCUUUAUCUGGUGGAUGGCGAAUGCGUGUGUCACUGGCGUCGGCACUUUUUGCACAACCUGAGCUGCUACUCCUGGAUGAGCCAACAAAUCAUCUGGAUUUCCCGGCUGUUCUUUACCUUCAGGAUUACUUGCUUUCGUGCAAGAACACUUGUCUUAUCGUCUCGCAUGAUCGGGGCUUCCUCAACGCCGUGUGCUCGGACAUCGUUCUGCUGAACGGCAAAAAGCUGGCGUAUUACAAGGGCGACUACGAUGCAUACGUGCAGACGGUGAAGGAAACUCGCCUAGCUCAGCAGCGAGCUUAUGAUGCACAGCAGAAGGAGAUAUCUCACAUAUUGGAGUUCAUCAACAAGCAUGAUGAGCGACCCAAGAUUGUGGCACAAAAGGCCAGCAAGCAAAAGAUGCUAGACAAGAUGGAGAAGAUCGAAGACCCUGCAAUUACCUUCAACGACGCUGCAUCACUUUCCAUCCGAUUCCCGGAACCUGGCCAGCUGCCAAAGAAUCAAUUAAUUCAGUUCGACAACAUGAGUUUCGCCUACGCUGGUAAAGCACCACUUUUUGAGAAUGCAACUGCCAACCUGGACAUUUCUGGACGGAUUGGCAUACUGGGCGCCAACGGUGCUGGCAAGUCCACCUUGCUCAAAGUCAUGCAAAAGAAGCUCAUACCAACAGCUGGACAGAUCGAUGUCAAUCGCAACGCCAGGAUAGGUACCUUUGCGCAGCAUCAUGUGGAUUCGCUCGAUCUCGAUGCGACGUGUGUGGAUUGCGUGCAAGCUAGUUUUCCAGGCAUCACCGAUCAAGAGGCCCGAAGCGUUUUGGGACGAUUUGGAAUCAGCGGUGACAUGGCCCUCAGACGAAUCAAGACCCUGUCUGGUGGGCAGAAGAGCCGUGUCGCGUUGGCUAUCGUCACCUAUCGCCAGCCGCACUUGAUUUACCUGGACGAACCCACAAACCAUCUGGACAUGGAGACGAUCGAUGCUCUGGUCGACGCCAUCAAAGAAUUCCACGGUGCUGUGGUGAUGGUAAGCCACGACCAGUACUUUCUUUCCCAGGUAGCUACGGAGUUCUGGUCCGUAGCUGCAGGGAAACUAUGUGUGUACCGUGAUCUUGCUUCCGCGAAAGCGGCAACUUACGGUAUGGAUCUGCAGGACAUGAUGCGUGACCUGACGGAGUCGAUGAGGGCGGCGAAGACGGAUAGUGAAGCACGUAGAGCUCGAAGGCGAACGGAGCCCAAGCCUGCACCCUCGAAAGCCGACGAAGACUUCGACUUCGAGGGGCCUCGGUCUCAUGCAAGGGACGACGUGAAGGCGGCAGGCCGCAAGCGGAGGAGGCUCCGGCUCGCGGAAAUCAACCAAGAAACGGCUGAUCCGGCCCUUUGUGAUGCCGUUUCGAACUCGGAGAUCAACUCCAAGAAGCAAAAGUCAGAGCCCGCUGACUGCCAAAGAAGCGGCACUCCGAGACGGGCUCGUGCUGAAAAGGACCAGAGGGAAGUCACUGGGAAGGAGGAGUGGAAGAAGCAAGCGCCUGGAACUGGAGCAGACCGUGUCGAGUGCGGCGGGAGGUCCAACGAGGCCCAAAAAGUCGAAGCCGAACCGCGUGCAUUGAAUCAGAGGCUUUCGAAGUGCCGCAAGGAAUCCGAGCAGAACAUCGAGCGCACAGAUCCUUCUGAGCAGACUUUGCUGCACAACGGGGUCGCAGACUCCGCGCCCAGCCCGCCGGAGUUGAACACCAUGCGAAGCACUUUAGAAGGAAUGUGGCAGGCAUUCACCCAGCAGCUACUCAAGCUAGGCGUGCUCAGUGCCAGCAGCGACUCACUCUCGCGAUUAUUAGGCUGGCUUGCCAAGUCGUUUGUUCCGGGGACCAGUGACCCCGCUGCCAUGGCCAAGAAGCUGACGGCGGCCAGCGCUUUGCUUGAUCUGGGUGCUGCUCUGCUGGACGACGACUCCACUGGAAUGGACAGCUCCACCAACCCUGCUUUCGACUUUGUGAAGGCUUCUUUUCUGGGGCGUGCUAUUCUGGCCAACGUGAUUGCGCUUGAUGUCAGAAACACGGGCCGAAGUGCUGCUGCAACACUUGAGCAUGUGCCCUCCAAGCAGCAGCUCAGCAGCAUCAUGAACCUUAUGAACUAUGCCGGUGAAACGGGCAGCACAGUCCUUUGGAAAGAACUGGCCCAAGACAUUCAAUCGUGCUGCACCCUGGCGUUGUCGGAAGAGACUGGCAGCAAACAGAAAGCGGCGGAGCAGUUGUCGACUGCCUCGCAGAUAACAUGUGCUGCUGCCGUCGCAGCUGUUGCGGCCUGUAGCAUCUCUGCUGAGGAGGUGCUCAUGGAACAGGCAAAGCGCCUGGCAUUAUUGGAGGCGCGGUGUCGAGUUCGUACAGCUUGUAGCCAAGCUGCUUGUGCAGCUGUGGUCAGUCUUCGGAAGGAGAUUGGUCAGGCUGAGAGCGGACAGGGCUGUGGCACUGCGGAAGUUUUCCAAGCAGCAGAAGCCGAAGCGGAGCAGCAGAGCAAGGCACUGCAAGUCCUGUGGGAAGAGUUGGAGAAGGGUCGGAGCAUUCUGGCCAGUUGGUCUGCUAUUGCCCGGCCGAUCCGCAGGUCCGAGCAGGACGGGCCUGUGCCGAGCCUCUCCAUGUCAGACUGGGUAAGACUCGAAGAUGGCCAGCACAUCAACGACUCUCUCCUCGAUUUUUUCGUGAAUCGGCUUGUUCAAGUUUUUGGGGGCUGGCGAGUCCACGCCUUUAGCUCCCACUUCUUCGCGAUGUUGGAGGCAGAUGCAAAAGCAUCCGGAAAGUUUGACUGUGAGACGGGGAUGGACGCUCCAGAGUCUUGCGCACACCAUUCCAAUCAUUUUGCGCCUCUGCGAGUUCUGUCUUAUGCGUUUCCGACGCCAUGGGUGCUGCACCGCAGAAGUUGCGAAUGCUCGCCAAGUGCCGAGUCAGCUUCGGUCAAGAAGCUCCCAAUGGGGCAACAAGCGCCAACAGCUGCGGAGCUUGCAGACGAGGUACAGGCUUUGCCUGCUCCAGUUUCCAACGAGUCGCUGUGGAUCGCCAGUUGUCGCCGACUGGACUCCAUGUCGCGCUUCUCCGAGAGGUUUGUCCUCUACAUGCCAGACUGUCGUCCUUUCUGUGACAAGGGAAAGACAUGCAAGCGCUUCCUUCGAGGCAACCACGACCUCUUUAUGCAUGUGUCGCCUGAUGUUCUCCAAGCUGCGGCAGCAGAGCAUUGGAAGCUCCACGGGCCCACGACGGUCGUCAACUUUCCUGACAUACGAGACGUUUUCUUGCCGUUCGUGCCGCGUUGCUGGCUGAUGCCACCGUAUUCGGACAGACAGGCAGGUGUGACACCAUCAAGUUUACCAGAACCUCUACAGCAGCGCGACGUAGUGGUAUUCGUGCACGGGUUCCGAUACGGCACCCUUCGUGUUGUGAAAACGUGCCGGGCACUUCAGUGUACCCUUCGCAAGCACUCGGUGCUGGCAUUUCUCUGGCCUUCGCACAAGGGAAAACACUCCUACAGCAAGGCCCGCGCAAAAGCAACAGAAGCAGCUCAUCUGCUUGGGUCGCUGCUACGGCUGCUCUGUGAGCACUGUUCUUCAGUGGUCAUCUUGGCUCAUAGCCUUGGCUGCCGAGUGGCACUAACUGCACUUCGAGACAGCCUGGGCAGGGCGGCCAACGUCCAGUAUGUGGCUCUGCUGGGUGCUGCCGUGGCUCGGGAUUCUUUGCAGCCAGGGCAAGAGUUCGACCGGCAAAAGCUCUCAGUCCAGCAGUUGGACGUUCUGUUUUCUCAGCAGGACAGCAUCCUGCGGAAGUAUUUCCGGCUGGGUGAGACGGCUCACGCCUGGUUCUCUGAGGAGCCGGCAAUGUUGGCAAUGGCCAAUGGCGCACUCGGUCUCGCAGGGCCUACUGGGCCUCUUCCAGACACUGCAAUGCUGGACCUGUCCUCCGAAGUCACAUCACAUAGCGCCGAGAAGUACUUGCUCGCCCCUUCCACUCUACUGCGGUUGAGUGAGCAGACGAGCUCAGACGCAUGCGCUUCCAUGGCUUUGGAAGGCGCCCCUGGUAGCCCAGCAACUGCUGGUCUCGAUGGACGAGAUGACAGAGAGUCGGAAAGCAGUGGCGAGUCAGGUGUGAGCUCUGAUGGAUCUUGA